CGAGUUCAGGUCAAGAUCCGACCGAUUAAACCCUAACCCGUAAAUUUUCUCUCUCUCCUUUGCAACUUCUAGCUCUUUCGCGAGGAAGCGUGAGCGGUGUGGUGACACAAGGUAAGAGGUGAACUCUAUUUCUGGAUUCUUUUUGGAUUGUGUGGAGAAUCUUCGGCGAUGAUGGAGAACGGAAACGAACCGCGAAUCGAUGUCAGAUCGGUGGUUGAAGCUGUCUCCGCCAAUGACGCCGUCGAUGCUCCUCUCUACGAAGUCGAGAGCAUGUGCAUGCGCUGCGGUGAAAACGGAACUACCAGAUUUCUAUUAACCUUAAUUCCUCACUUCAGAAAGGUUUUGUUAUCGGCAUUUGAUUGCCCCCAUUGUGGUGAAAGGAACAAUGAAGUUCAGUUUGCUGGCGAGAUCCAACCCCGAGGGUGCUGCUAUCAUAUGGAAGUUCCAGCCGGUGAUCAUAAGAUGUUUAGUCGGCAAGUUGUAAAAUCUGAGUCAGCUUCUAUUAAGAUUCCUGAACUGGACUUUGAGAUUCCACCAGAGGCUCAACGCGGAAGUUUGUCAACAGUGGAAGGGAUAUUAGUACGAGCUGCUGAUGAACUAGAAGCUCUUCAAGAAGAGCGCAGGAAAGUAGAUCCUAAAACCGCUGAAGCAAUAGACCAGUUCUUGACGAAACUGAGGGCUUGUGCUACAGCAGAGACAUCAUUUACCUUCAUUUUGGAUGACCCUGCUGGAAACAGCUUCAUCGAGAACCCGUAUGCUCCAUCACCAGAUCCAACAUUGACCAUCAAAUUCUAUGAGCGAACGCCCGAGCAACAAGCAGCAUUAGGUUAUCUUUCUGCCCCGUCACAGGCUGAACAAGCAAAUGAGGGUACCUCAUCUGUUGAAACAACAUUACCACAUGGAUCAAUAGGAGCAACAGCUGGACACAGGGCGAUUGCUCAGAGUAAUAGCACUGAGAUUGCUGAGAACUUGUUCAGAUACACUGCACCCGAAGAGGUGAUGACUUUCCCUUCAACUUGUGGAGCAUGCACAAAACGGUGUGAAACACGGAUGUUUGUGACUAAAAUCCCAUACUUUCAGGAGGUUAUUGUGAUGGCAUCUACAUGUGACGAAUGUGGCUACCGCAACUCUGAGUUAAAGCCUGGUGGUUCUAUUCCUGAAAAGGGAAAGCGAAUCACUCUCUCCGUGAGGAAUGUUUCCGAUCUUAGCCGAGAUGUUAUCAAGUCAGAUACUGCUGGAGUAAAAAUUCCGGAACUUGAUCUGGAGCUGGCCAGUGGAACCCUUGGUGGAAUUGUAACAACAGUGGAAGGUUUAGUCAUGAAGAUCAGCGAAAGCCUUGAGAGAGUUCAUGGAUUCACUUUUGGUGACAGUCUCGGCGAAAGCAAGAAGAAUAAGUGGAUAGAAUUUCGGUCCAGGCUAACUAAGCUCCUAAGCUUGGAAGAGCCAUGGACUUUGAUUCUUGAUGAUGGAUUAGCAAACUCCUUCAUUGCGCCAGUCACAGAUGAUAUCAAAGAUGAUGAUCAGCUGACUUUUGAAGAGUACCAGAGAUCAUGGGAACAGAACGACGAGUUGGGUCUGAACGACAUAGACACUUCCUCAGCUGAUGCUGCUUAUGUUUCCAUUGACACAGCCAAAGCUUGACCAUAAGCAUCAAAUUUUGUACUCUCUUUUUCUGUAAUUUAAGUCUUCACUGUUGUGUUAAGAGUGCACUAGUUGAAUACAAAGCCUUCUGUUUUUGAAUAAUUUGAUUGAAUUUUUAUUUUAUACAUUGGAAUAAUUUUUGGUUAUU